UUUCUAAGAAGUCUGCGAAGACUUGGAUUUUGUACUGGAACACUGGAGGUGAUUGGAGUUCUUUUUCUCAGCUGCCUUAGCGGGUUAGCACGGGUAACAUUACCUACAGCACAAUCCCUAUCACCGCUGAAUGAUAAGGAAUUGGAGAAACUUGGCUAUUGAAACGUUGAUGUCCGUUCCAAGGUAAACACAAAACACCCAAACUAACAUGCUUCAAUGCUCAUGGCAUUGUUCUCUACUGGAGCCGCUUCGCUUCUGAGGCUUCGGUAUAUCCUUCCGUUAGCUUUAUUUGUCAUUAUCACAAUGGAGUAUCUUCGUCGGUUCGGACUUAGUUAUCUCAUACUCUGGCUGUCGGUAGGUGUUAGAAGCACGAGUGCCACAGAGAAUUCGCCCGGCUUACCGAUAGUUAUUAAUACAUGGGGCGGGUCGUUCACCGCAGCCACAGAUGCAGCGUACCUGUCUCUUCUGAAGCCUGAAACAUCGGCUCUUGACGCUGUCGAGAUCGGCUGUUCUACAUGCGAGGCCAAUCAGUGUGAUGGGAGUGUAGGCUAUGGUGGCUCUCCAGACGAGAACUGCGAGACAACCCUCGACGCAAUGAUAAUGGAUGGCACAACUAUGAAAUCCGGCGCUGUCGCUGCGUUACGGCGAAUCAAGGACGCGAUAUCCAUUGCUCGUGCCGUCCUUGAGCACACAACGCACACGCUUCUAGCCGGGGACUUCGCAACCGACUUCGCCCUGCAAAACGGGUUCAUAGCCCAGAACCUCACCACUGGAGCCUCGGCAUUGUCGUGUGCACAGUGGCACGCCGCCAACUGCCAGCCUAACUACCGCAUCAACGUUUCGCCUGACCCGGGAUGCUCCUGCGGUCCGUACAAGCCCGUAGCUCUGAAUUCCAGUGAUGAAUCAUCCUAUGCGCAAGAGUUGAGGCCGAGAGAUAGAGGGCCGCCAGAGGGCCAUGAUACCAUCUCCAUGAUUGCGUUACACGCCUCGGGCACCAUGGCUGCGGGUACAUCGACAAAUGGGGCUAGCCGAAAGAUACCUGGACGUGUCGGUGACGGCCCGAUCACGGGUAGCGGAUCGUAUGUUGAUGGGGAGGUGGGCGGGUGCGGGGCGACGGGAGACGGAGAUAUCAUGAUGCGCUUUCUGCCGUGUUACCAAGCGGUCGAGAACUUGCGGCAGGGAAUGACCCCCGAGGAGGCUGCGGAGGAUGCGGUGAGAAGGAUGCUUAGGAAGUAUCCGGAGGUACAGAGCGGGAUAGUGGUUGUGAAUAAUAAGGGUGAGCAUGGCGGGGCUGGGUCCGGCUGGACUUUUACGUACUCGUAUCGCGGAGGCGCGAUGAAUGAAACUGCUGUGGUAAGUGUGCCGCCUAUUGAUAACGGAGCAGUACGGCCGCGGGAGAGAUUGAGUCCUAAAAGCGUUGGUUUCUGAGAGCGAAAAUAUGAAGAAAAUCGGUCAACGUGGAGAUUUUAUUUGAAUAUCCUACAUCUCAAAUGCAUUCACGCUACUUCAGCACACCGAAAU